GGCCCAUUUCCUCCCGUGCCUUAUAUCUUGUCUGUCACUGCAGUCUUUUCGGCUUGUUAAUUACAGAUAGACGUGUAGAAGCUACUAGGAAAAUGGAGGGUGGACAUAGAAAUCUGCGGUCGCUGACCCCCGAACUCCUCUUGCUGCUGUUCGUGCCAUGCUUGCUGGUUAGUGCACACGAGACGGCGAACGCUAAGAAAGAGCAGGAAUGCUACAAUUACGCUGGAGGACAUGUGUAUCCGGGGGAAGCCUUCAGAGUCCCCGUGUCGGACCACUCGCUGCACCUGAGUAAAGCAAAAAUUUCAAAACCUGCUCCGAAUUGGGAAGGAACAGCUGUUAUUAAUGGAGAAUUUAAAGAGCUGAAACUUUCAGACUACAAAGGAAAAUACCUUGUUUUCUUUUUCUAUCCUCUUGACUUUACUUUUGUCUGCCCCACAGAGAUCAUCGCCUUUAGUGACAGAGUCCAUGAGUUCCAUGCCAUUAAUGCGGAGGUGGUGGCUUGCUCAGUAGAUUCCCAGUUCACACACUUAGCUUGGAUAAAUACACCUCGGAAGCAAGGCGGGCUUGGAACUCUAAAGAUCCCACUUCUUUCAGAUCUCACACACCAGAUUUCAAAAGAUUAUGGGGUAUACUUGGAGGAUCAAGGUCAUACUCUCAGGGGCUUGUUUAUUAUAGACAACAAGGGAGUUCUAAGGCAGAUCACAAUGAAUGACCUCCCAGUAGGGCGUUCUGUAGACGAAACACUACGAUUGGUGCAAGCAUUCCAGUAUACAGAUAAACAUGGAGAAGUAUGUCCUGCUGGAUGGAAACCUGGAAGUGAUACGAUAAUACCGGAUCCUUCUGGAAAACUGAAGUAUUUUGAUAAACUUAACUAAACCACUACAGUCAAGUUUAUUCAAGACUAUAUUUUCCUUUUGUAAUUCAGUUGUCAGAAUUCAAAAUAAAGAAAUUUUCCCUACAA